GGCCCGCCCGCGCGCCCCACGCCGUUGGCGCCGGCAUGUCGGGCCCCGGGCCGCGGGAGCCGCCGCAGGCGGGCGGGCCGGCGGGCCCCGAGGGCGCGGACGCGACGCUGGGCGAGGCGGGGCUGAGCUUCACGACCACCGACCUGAGCCUGGUGGAGAUGACGGAGAUCGAGUACACGCAACUGCAGCACAUCCUCUACUCGCACAUGGAGGCGGCGGCGGCCGACGGCGAGCUCGAGACGCGCCUCAACUCGGCUUUCCUGGCGGCGGCGGCGCCCGGCGCGGCAGCGGGAAGCUUCGCGGCGGCGGGGGGCGCGGCAGCCGCGGCGGCGGGGGGCGCGCCGCCCGUGUACCCGGUGCUGUGUCCGCCCACGCUGGCCGACGGCGGCUUCGCAGGCGCCAACCAGUGCCUGGGCCACAUCGACUUCCAGGAGCUGCGCAUGAUGUUGCUGAGCGAGGCGGGCGCGGCUCCCGCCGCCGAGAAGACGCCGGGCGCCGACGGCCCGGGCCCGGGCGCACCCCGGCCCAAGGCGCCCGACGGCGCCGGCAAGGAGAACGCGGAGGGCGCGCCGGAGGCGCGGGCCAAGUCGGCGGUGCGCGUCCGCCUGGAGGAUCGCUUCAACAGCAUCCCUGCCGAGACCCCGCCCGCCCUGCGCGGCGCGGAGCCCCCGGAGCCCGGCGUGGCGCUCAACAAUUUGGUUACUCUUAUUCGCCAUCCAUCCGAACUAAUGAAUGUUCCUCUUCAUCAACAACAAAACAAAUGUACAACAUUAGUGAAAAACAAAACUACUGCUGCAACUACUGCUUUGCAAUUUACAUACCCUCUGUUUACUACAAAUGCUUGCGCUACUAGUGGAAAUUCUAAUAUUUCACAAACACAGAGUUCUAGUAACUCAUGUUCUAUACUUGAAACUGCCAAGCAUCAGGAUAUUGGAUUGCCAAGAGCAUUUUCUUUCUGUUAUCAGCAAGAAAUUGAAUCCACUAAGCAGACUUUGGGUAGUAGAAACAAAGCUUUGCCUGAGCAGGUUUGGAUUAAAGUAGGAGAAGAAGCGCUAUGUAAACAAGCCAUAAAUAAGAGGAAUCGGAGUAGGAUACGUCAGUUGGACACAAACGUAGAACGAAGAGCCCUUGGAGAGAUUCAGAACGUGGGCGAAGGCUCCACGGUGGCACAGGGAGCUUGGCAGUCAGCAGAGUCAUCCCAGGCCACCCUCGGAGAGCAGACCCAGAGCGGGCCGCAGGGGGGCCGGUCCCAACGCAGGGAGAGGCACAACCGCAUGGAAAGAGACCGAAGGCGCAGAAUCCGCAUUUGCUGUGACGAGUUGAACCUUUUAGUCCCGUUCUGCAACGCCGAGACAGAUAAGGCCACGACUCUGCAGUGGACCACAGCAUUCCUGAAAUAUAUUCAGGAGAGGCAUGGAGAUUCUCUUAAAAAGGAAUUUGAGAGUGUAUUUUGCGGUAAAACUGGCAGAAGGCUAAAGUUGACCAGACCAGACUCCCUGGUGACAUGUCCUGCGCAGGAGAGUCUACAGAGCAGCCCAGCUAUGGAGAUCAAGUGACUGGACGUGAACACUGGUUCCUGGGCAGUACAUGGCCACUCCUUUGUGACACGCAAACAUUACUUCGGACCCUGGACUUCCGCUCUGAUAGUCUAACUUGAGAGGGACGUGUCUCAGCUCAUGGGACUCUAAUGUGGACUUUGAAAGCCCAUUUUGUAGAAAUAUUUAUCUAGAACAAAAUACUUACCCAUUAAUGUCCUCUUAGACCUUUUGGGGAUGAAGACAUCUUGACAAUUAGUAAGUAAUUUUUCAAUUAUCAGUCUGAUUCCAUCAUGUUUUCUUAACAUGAUAACUUAAAAAAAUUAACAUCCUUUGUAAUUUCUUUAGUCUUAAAAGGUACAUUGCUUUUUACUUAUUUUAUUUACAUUUUAUUUUUUUAUUUUUUAUUUACAUUUUAGAUAUGCCCCAUUAGCAACUAGAACGAGUUAAAAUUUUCUUAACUGUAAGUAGUUUGGGAAUUUUAUUUCUUUCGUUUAUCACUUCCCCUUGUAAUGAUUUCCAGCUGGACCGAACUGUAUUGCAAAACGCAGUCCUCUUUCAAACCUUUUUGCUGGAAAUUUUCCAGAGACCUCCUUUAAAGGUCCUUUUGUCCAUAAAUGAAAUAUUGUCACAGUAGUAUUGCUUCAGUGCCCUCAUUUUCAUAGAGUCAUUACUUUCUGUGUAAUAAACUGUAAUGUUUGGAACUGA